UGCUGGUAGCUUAAAGGCGAAAACCCGUGGUGUUGAGAUCGGUGAAAUACUCGAUUAUGCUGGAUGGUCGAGGGAAAUACUUUUGCUAAUUAUUAAAAACAAGGAACUCAUUAAAAACAAUAAUUUGCUCGAAUUCUUGAGUUAAGAAAUAGUUGCGUUUUCUCAAAGUUCUGUUACCGAAGUUAUUAGAUUUACACCGCUGUUGUUAGCGAGCAUAGGCCGAUAGUUGUUAUUGUCUUCAAUCCAGAGAACAUAAACUGCUACUAUAGCCUUGUAAAUUGUGAAAUAUUCUGAAUAUAAAUAAAGGAUUCACAAUAACAAGAAAAUGACUUGUAUUUCUAUUUAUAUUUUAUUAACAUAUUCCACUACAACUUUACUCACUGGCGGUCAAUUGUAAAAUCUCACUUCACUCUCAGGAGUCUGGGAAUAAUUUAUGAAAUAAAAUUUUCCCAACAAACGGGACUUAGCUUAAGUUGAAGUUUGUGGAUAAUUUUAUGAGUUAAUUCUUUCCAAGAUAAUUGUAAACUAACUAUUGCCCGCAUAACUUAGCCAACAAGUUUAAGUCGCCUGAUAAUUCUAUCAAUCACAAAGCAAAAAAGCUUGUCUCUUACAAAUUCAAGAAAUGGUACACAGAUCGUGUUAGGGGCUAGUUAAAGAGAGCUGAGAGUUAGUUAGAGAGGUGUAGCUCCUGGUGAUGUGAAAGUAUCGAGGAAAUUGUGUCCGAUUUGAAACCGUCCCAGGCGCGGUGGAUUGCUGAAAUGUUUGAAAACCUCAAGCUGCAGGAUUACUGAGACUGUUAAAUCUGCAAACAAAGUCUUCUCGAGAAUUGAAAACCCAUUCUAUCAGAAAGGAGUAGAUAAUAAUCAGAAAUGAUUGGCAUGUAUAUUGUUUAUUAUUACAGAAUGUACCAGUAAACUAAAAAUACUUAAUGCAUUCUCUUUAUGUGCCAAUAGUCUCUCUGAAUAGCGGACAACUAUGGUGCAAAAUUUCUGUCUGCCGCGAAAAAGAUUUGUCCGUUAAUUAGAGGUGUCCGUUAAUUAGAGAGAUUACUGUACUUAUCAUCAAGAAUUAAGCAAUAAUGGGGUAAAUAGGAAGCCCUAAGGUGUCUUUAAAGUAAAAAUAGAAAAUAAUGUCCAGAAAAAUUCGUCGGUAAAAAAUAUCGUCGAUGAAAAAAAUCUUCUGUUACAAUAAUUUGUCACCAAGGCAAAAAUUCGUCACUUUUCACCGACAGAUUUUUCACUAAUAAGGUAGUUUACAAAAAGCAAUAACGAACGCCUCUUUUGUUCUAUUUAUUGUGAUUGCGAUGCGUGAAUGAGCACAUGCCAUAUUAGGAACGUGUUGAGUCAAUGGCUUGUUUUUCAGGUGUUGGAUAGACAUACUUAAAAUCCAUUACAGUGCUUAAGUUUGUCGAUUUUAUCAAUGUUUAUACAAUUAAAUAUUUUUAUUUGGACAUGUGAGAAACCAAGAGCACUAUUAAUUAAAAAGAUUUUUCAUGUUUGGAGGGAUUUACCAAUUCUUGGCAGAUUUCCAGUGAGUUUAGAGCUAAAAAUAAUUCUCCCAGGAAAUAAGUAAAAUGUCAAAACUAACUUCUGUAUUACACAAUAUGCCGGAUGCAUCCCUACAGAAAAAAACAAACAUAUAUGUACCCCAUUGUUCAAAAUGGUUUUGCUCAAUUAGUCAAUUAAUAACAUAAUAAAUGAAAGACAAACAAAAAUUUUAUCACUUAAACCGUACUUGUCAUUAUGAUUUGUACCAACAUAAUUUAAUUUAAACAUUUCGGUGCUGUACAAUUUCUUUAAACUGGAUAAAAAAUUGGCCUUAAACAGGUGUUAAUAAUUCCCUAUCUGACUUAUUUUAACCACGAAAAUUGGUUUAAAUUAACAAACAAUAACAAAUUUAAUGUAACAUAGAUAAGUUUUUGCACUCGUAUCUUUGUCAAAUAUACUACCCACAUAAACACAUGUCAAAUGUGAUGCUCAUGUUAAAUAUUACCGUAAUUUUAGAAAAUUGAUGCAAUGCAGUUAAAAAGAAUCCGUGACCUAAAAGGGACAUUUAAUUUUCAUUUUAAAAUAAAAACAAAUUUCAAUUUUUCUAUCAAUUUUUCUUUUUUAAUUCAAUACAAAAAGAAAAUUUAAACUCAAUUUUCGUUUUUCGUUUUCAAAUCAAAAAACAAAAAAGGAACUUCAUAUUUUAGCAAAAAAGUACGCUCUCCUUCGCAGAUGUUUUUCUUCUACGAACCCAAGGAUUACUUUGGGUCAUUUGGUGCUAAAAAUCCCAAAAUGUAAUAUCAAUUUCUAAAUUUCUGAUUUUUAAGAGAAUUUUAAAUUUGAAAAUUAAAUCAAAUUUCGUUUAAAUCAAAAAUUGAAUUUUAAGUUCAAUUUUUGAUUUUUAAUUUGAAUCAAAAAUUGAAAUUUAAGUUCAAUUGUUAAUUUUGGUUUAAAUAGAAAAUUGAAAAUUUUUAACUCGUAAAUGCCUAAAAGAGUAACAAAUCAUGUGACAAGUCAUGUGAUAAUUCUGGCCUAUCAGAUCAAUUGACGUGAAGUGUAAAGAGUUGUAUAACAUUGGUAGGAUUCAGUUAAAUGUUGUUUGUCUUACCACAGAAACAGACAUGAAUAAAAUUUUUACUGAAGAAAUUCUUUCUUUUUUUUCUCAAAAAAAAAACUUAUGAAGAGAUAAGCAAUAUCUUGCAGUCGCGAUAUCCAGGAGAAAGAGGUUAUUUCGUAAAGUCAAUAAAACGGUAUUGUAAAGAAAAUGGAUUGUCGCCAAGGGUUUCACAAGACCAUUUAGAACAGAUUGUAGCAACGGCAGUUCAAGAAGUAUGUAUAAGACAUUAUUACAUUUACUUCAGUUAUUUUUUAAUAAUUCGGCAUUUCGUUAGAAAAAUAUGUUUUUCUAAGAUUUUUACAUUUCUCUACAUGACACAUUUAUAUUGCAGAUUUUCUUAUCGAUUUACCUCCUCGUCUUCUAAGAUAUGAGUAAAGUAGAGAAAACAGCUGUAAAUUUUGUUGCGUGCUUUCUUGAGGAAAAUAUUUUUUAAAGAAAGCGCCACAAAUUUGUUUCCUGAACUGGCUUGUGUUACUGGAGUAUAUUAAAAAUACCAGAAACAAAAGUUAAAACUUUUUUUCUUAAUUAAUACUUUUUUCUCUUGCUGAAAUAUUUUUUCUUGAAAAAAAUUUUCAUUUCUUUGAAUAAAACAUCGUCUUUAUAAAUGAACUCUGUUAUUCACUAUUUUAUGACAUUGACCAAAUUUAUUUAUUUAAGGUUGGUCCAACGUAUGGGAGGAAAAUGAUGACAGGGUAUAUUGCUAAUAGAGACAAUAUACGUGUUAGCCAUAAUAGAGUUGGACGAGCUUUAGCAAAAGCUGCACCCCAAAACCACCAGAGAAGACGCACUGACACCGCACUAAUGGUUAACCCAAUACCUUUCCGGGCCGAUUACUUUGGUCAUAAAAUUCACUAUGAUCAAAAUGAAAAGCUUGUUAAGUAUGGGGCUACACAUGUCAUUGCCAUUGAUGGUCAUUCUCGCUUCAUUGUCGGCUACUCCACCAUGCCAAUAAAAAACAACGCUCUUAUUUACGAUGAAAUAUACAGGUUAAUUAAAUUCUCGUUGCUUUCACUGAAAGACAUAUAGUUUGAAACAUAUAGUUUGAAAGACAUAAAUUUUGUAAAGGAAAAAAGCAUAAAAAGGUUUUGUUGUUCAAAAAACAUUUUCUCACCACUGAGGGAUAUUUUGUUUAAAAACAAAAUUUUAUAAAUUCGCGGGUAAAUUAUCCGGUAAAAAAAAUACUGGUAGAAAUGGACAACAGCAAUACUAUCAAUAUGGAAGAUGAAGUUCAAAAAUUUUGUGUGUCAUCCAUUGUAUGUCUGGUGACUGGUUUUGGUGUCAAUCGAGUUGUUUCAGCGUGGAAUGAACACUCAAUACCAGGUAGAGGUGUUCCGUCAGUAAUAAAAGAAAAUACUAACAGAUUGACACCGUUAUCCGUUGAAGAAUUGCCCCCAAAACACGAAGCUGUUCAGCUGUAUGAACAAGUGUACCGCGGUACAUUGUCGAAAGAGCACACCUUCGGCCAGGAUCCGCUUGCAGGAAGACAGCAAAAAUUGGAAGAAAGAGAUCAGAGCUUUUUCCAACAUUUUUCUGUUGAAGAAAUAUUUUCCGAAUGUGUUAACGAACGACCACAAAUGUUGAGAGAAGCUAUCCUUUUUUACAUAAAUAAAACUGUAACCUUAGCCCAAUUGUAACCAUACUCAUGACGUUGUAUGUAAUAACUAACAAAUAUUAAAACUAACGAAAAUGAACGGAAAUAUUUUUUUUAAGAUAACAGUCUGGCUAUUUACAACAUAGAAAACCCAAAUAGAAGAACAGAGAAAAAACGUUUUUUCUUCUUCUCAUUCAUUUCAAACAUCUUGAAUGCGACAAGACAGGAAGAAGGAAGUUUCUUAUGAAAGAAACAUGACUUGCACGAAAUUACUGCAGUAAGAAGGAAAAUAACCAUCUUUUAGAUAAAUAAUGCCUAAUAUGAAAAAAAAGAUUUAAUUUAAUCUAGAUUUUGCUAACUUUUGGGUAAAUUAGUUUUAAACAUAUUUGAAACGCAUAUCUGCUUAUUCGUGAUAUUACAGUUAAGUAUCCGCAAUCGGCUGAAUUUAUAAAAAAAGACAGACAAGCGGAAUCGUUUGAUCUUAUGGCUAAAAAAUAAUGAAUGAAGCCAUGGCAUGCCAUAACUACAGAGCUCUUAAUUUUUUCAUUUAUUGCAAAAUUUUGCCCGGAAAACACAGAUAGUCGCCAUGGAGAGCAUCACAUUUUUUAAAAAUGGUGAAGAAAAUUUAACAUUCACAAUUCGAAAAUGCCAGGCUAAUGCUUCUAGGCUAGCCAUUGUUUUUAAGGUACGCAAUUUUUUUUACCUAAUUUGUAUUUUUAAACUCAAGAAUUUCUUGAUUUUUAAUCCUUAUUGACAAAAUAUUUUUAAAUUUGAUGAAAUCACUCAGCUCUGAUAUGUUACGUUUUUAUUCGUAGUUAAUCCCAGAAUCCGUUUACAUAAGUAAAGAAUUUGGGGCUAUAGACUUCCAGAACGAAGAUGGCACGUUUUCCGCCGUAGAGCGAGCUAUGGAGCACGAUCGAUUCGAGGUUUUCGGUGACAAUGCAGUAUCAGCCCCUGCGCUAUCGCCUGUGCCAUUUGGGGCGUUCCGGCGAAUAUCUUCAAGGUGCGGACUAUUUGAAUUUACUGAAAACUAGCUAAGGAGGUCUUACUUAUUAGCUUUUUGCUUAUCUUUGCAUAAUAUUUAGGGUUGUUUUGAUGAAGUAUUAGUGAUAAGUACAUUUUGUCAAUUUAGUCCUUCUCAACCACUACCACAUUCGUCGUCGCCACUACCGUCAUCUUCUUUUUCGUCUCCGUUGCCAACGCCGAGAAAACGAAAAUCAGAUGGAUGUAUCAUAAAAGUCUAACUGGCAAACAUGAUAGGGAAAAAAGUUGGUAAGCAUUACUUUUAUUUCUUUUGUGGAAUUUUUCUUUUUAAUUUAUAUUAUUUAUUUAUUUACUUUCACAUUUCUUAUAACAAAAGUGCGUAGUUUAAAAAUCAUACACAAAUUAUUCUUAAUAAAUGAUUCUUCUUUAUGUUUUGUUUAAAAAAAAAUUUAAAAUUUAGGUGAAAUUUCAAGAAUGCAAAACUUUACACUGUCGCCAACCAAUGCAAAUGUCCCAGCGAUCAUUAGCUUUGCAGAAGAGGGAUUCGGUGUACAACCAUUAAUACUUGUACACGCAAAUGGUCUUCAAAUGGAAGACACUGCUGCUA